UAUGCCCCGGUUCUCCAGCCAGCCGGAAGCAGCCAGCAUACGCCUGGGAGACAGCCAGGUUCUGGCCUGCGAUGUCAACCCAGACCUGGUGCCUUUAGCCCGGUGGGAGCGUGAGCGUGAGCCUCUGGAGCUGAGCUCUAGGCUGGUGCAGCUACCCAACGGAGCCCUGGUGGUGAGCAACGCUUCGGAGGCCGACGCUGGGCUCUACCGCUGCAUGGUGGAGAACGCUGGGCCCGCCAAGACCAGUGAAGAGGCCCAGCUCACAAUACUGCCAGAAACCGGAGAGGAGAGAGAACUGGAGUUCCUGGUAGAGCCACUUCCUGUGACCAAAGUGGUGGGGGCCAGUUUGCUGCUGCCAUGUGUGGUGACGGGUUAUCCAACGCCCUACGUCCGAUGGAUGGUGGGAGACAAGCUUGUUGAGGAGAGGUGAGUUGGACCCGAAAGCCCUAUUCUUAGAGAGGAUUUUAAAGGUGUAUUCCUUGUGAACCCAUUUCUUCCAACUCAACAGUAUAAAUCAAAUGGCUGUAAAUGACCUCAAAUGGCUGUAAAUGACCUCAAAUGGCUGUAAAUGACCUCAUGGCUGUAAAUGACCUCAUGGCUGUAAAUGACCUCAUGGCUGUAAAUGACCUCAAAUGGCUGUCUAACUGGAAAUACUUUUUUCAUCUCAUUGCCAUAAGUUACUUUGUUUAUAUCCAUCCAUAUUAGCACAGAAAUCAAGUUGUGUUCAUUUGUAGUGUUUGAAUCAAUUUGAUGAUUGAAUCAGUCAUUUAACAUGUCCGUAAGGUAGUGUGACUAUGUUCCUCUAGCCCUCUAGUUCCUAGUCACACUCCUUUUGCAGUACCAGCUUCCUUUGUGCCUUGUGCCCAAAGUGCAAACACUUAAAGCGCUGGCGCCUGUACCCCGAGGUGUUAACGCCACUGGGCCUGAGUGUCUGAGCGCGCCACCGACGGGGCCAACAAUACUACCACUUAAGCGAGACAACAAGGUCGGCCGUGUCAGGGAGUUCACAAAUUAAAACCCAGGGAGAGUGUCACACUCUUAGCCCUCCCCUGGGAGAGCUGUGGAUCAAGCCAAUACCCUAGGAUAGUUGUGUCAAACCAAACCCCUUGGGAGAGCUGUGUAUCAAACCAAAACCCUGGGAGAGCUGUGGAUCAAGCCAAACCCCUUGGGAUAUCUGUGUAUCAAACCAAACCCCUUGGGAUAUCUGUGUAUCAAACCAAACCCCUUGGGAUAUCUGUGUAUCAAACCAAACCCCUUGGGAUAUCUGUGUAUCAAACCAAACCCAUUGGGAGAGCUGCGUAUCAAAUCAAACCAAACCCCUGGGAGAGCUGUGUGGACAGAAUAGCUAACAGAGUGGCUACGUGGGCUAUCUGAGUUGACCCUUGUAUUCAUUUUCAUUUUUGCACAGUCUCUAUACACACUCACAGGACUCUACACACUGACACACUGAGUCAAUUCCAAAGUUCCUGCCUUGGUUUGUGUGAGGUUUACCUGGUUACCAUACAGCCUUGUUUUCAGUUUGUCUCUUCCGGUAAUAAGUAUGUAAGUGAAGGGGACAGGCUAAGAAACCGAGACGAGAGAUGAGGGCUCAUUAUUUUGGUUAAGAACGUUGUCUCGCACAUUUUAACACGCCUCUUCUGAAGUUCAGCUUGACAAGGACAUUGUCUCCUUCUAAGGAGAGAACAUCUUCAACGUAGUGUCAGACACUUUCAUAUCAGCCUCUGUCUCAGUCCCGGUAGAGUUGACUCUCUCACUAUCUUGGGUAUAUUGGUCUUGGAUGCAGUGUGUCAUUUUUGAAAACUACAGCUGAGUGUGGCAGACUGAUAAAAGGAGAGUUGAGUUAAAUAUUCAUUACAAUAGAUGUUCUUCAUUGCGCACAUUCCAAAUAUCCUUGUGGUACUCUGGGAUGGGGGGUUGAGAGGGUGCUUACAUUGUUAAUUAGAGCUUGUGCUGAACAAAUGGGAGGUCCUCCUUUCUUACCCAGGCCACUUUACCCAGGAACACGCACAGCCGUGUGCUGAAUACAUUAAGUUAGGCCAUUCUAACAUUGUAACACAGGAUUGACAAUUAAGCAACUGCUGGCAGAGUGGAGAUCUGAUCUCGUUUCUCCUUCAGCGCGUCCCUUCCCUCCCAGGAAGACUUCAGAGGAAGAGAAGCCCUGUCACUUUGUAAUAAUUGGAACGGAGGGAGGAAAAGAGGAGGGAAUCCGUACUGAGCCUCAUUGGUAGACUGUAUGGAACCGUAUUGCUAUCAGAGCUGUUGAAGUAGACUGUGAAUCCCGUAUCUCCCACGACAGGAAGUUUAUGGAGAUGUGUGGAGAUGGCGAUGACUCGGUAAGAGGACGAUGUUGAUUUAUGUUCAAGUUCUGGCGCUGACACUCAAAGGUGGUUGACGUCUCGCUGCGGUAGCAUCUCUGGCCUGAUAAAAAAACAGUUUAUAGGAUGAGUCAGAGAGAAUACAGUGC